AUGCCAGUAUAUAAGAAAGUAGAGAAGAGGUUGGCGAAAAAGGAGAAAGAAGAUGCUUCGGGUUUAACACAAUUGAGAGCUUUGGUAAAGGAAGAGUUAGGCGAGGAUGAAUCGAGCUCUUCCUCGGCUUCAUCAUCCACCGACACAUCCGACAGUGAAGAUAAUGAAGACAACUCUGGUGAUGAUGAUUCCGAAGAAGAAGAAAGGGAAGGGGAAGAGAAGGAUUUAGUAGAGCAAAAAGUAGGGGAGGUCGAGGAAAACGUCGUAAAGAAAGAAGAACAGAAAAUCGGGGAGAAGAGGAAAAGAAGAGAAGGUUCAAAAUCUUUUUCAUCGGACUCGGAAAGUGACUCAGAAUCGGAUUCAGACUCACAAGAAGAAGAAGAAGAAGAUGUUGAUGAGGAGGAGGGGGAGAAAAAUGGAUCUGAAGAUGGUGAUGGUUUUUCAAUGUCCAUUGAUGAUGUUGCCAAAGAUCCCUUGUAUGACGACGAACUCGGUCGAAAAUCCUGUGUGGUAUGUCCAGGAAAAGCAUUAAAGAAUGAGAAAAUGAUAACUCUUCAUCUCAAAUCUGGGGGACAUACAAGAGCUAUGAAACGUUGGAACAAAAUAAUCAAAAGUCCAAGAAUAGAAUCUUUUCAAACCCAAGAUCCGCGUGAAAUCGUAGAAGAAAUCCAACGAGGUAUACGGGGAGAAAAAAUGGCGGACGGUCUGAAACCUUUGAAACCAUGGCGUAAUCCAGCACAGAAAAUCAUUGAUCCUGAAUCUCUUAAAGCUAUUCGAGAAGCAAGAAAAUUACGUUUAGCGACUAAAAGAGAGGAGAAAAGAAAACGAAAAGAAGUUAAAUUACAAAAGAAACUUGAAAGAGAAAAAAAUCGACCUGCAAAGACGAAAUUGUCUAAAGAGGAAUUAAGGGAGAAACGAAGGAGGAAGAGAAUGAAGAAAGAAGAAGGGAUGGAGAGAGUAAAAGGACGUAGUCCUAGGAAUGUUAGGAGAGAACAGAGAGCUUUGAAGAUGCUUCGUACGCAAGAUUCAGGUUGGGGACAGAUGACGAAGAAAGAUUAG